AUGAACCAAAAUAAUCCGUAUUUUUUAUGUAGCGAUUACGUAUUUAAGCUUGUUAUUAUUGGCGACUCAGGAGUUGGAAAAUCAUGCCUUCUCAUUCGAUAUGCCGAAAACACUUUUGCAGAGACUCACGUAGCUACAAUUGGGGUCGAUUUUUUGCUGACUCACCCCUCCGCGAAUAAAAAAAAAACUAUUCGUAAGGAGAGUUAAUUUUAUUUUUUAAAAAAAAUUAUAUGUAAAUUUAGAGUAAAACUUUUUUUGGAAGCAAAAUUAAUUUAAUUUAUUUUUUUAUAAAAAAAUGAUGUUUAAAUUUAACAGAAUUAGUUAAAGGUUUCAUUAUAAUAAUUAUCACUUAUAUAUCACAAUAUAUAAAAGAUUUUUACAUUAAAAAAUUUUUGUUCACUCGUGGAGUUUUUUUUUUACCUAAAAAUAUGAUUUUUCCAAUCGUUUUAUUAUUCGCUCACGGAGGGGGAGUGAGAAAUCUUUCAAUUGAUGGCGAAUCAGUGAGGCUACAAAUAGUAUUUUUAACAUAGUGAGAUACAGCUGGCCAAGAACGCUUCCGAACAAUAAUAACAGGUUAUUAUAGGAAUGCUGACGGAGUUAUUUUUGUUUUUGAUAAAACUAAAAGAGAUAGUUUUGAUCAUAUUGAAGAUUGGCUUAAAGAGGUAGAACGAUACUCCAGCGCAAAAGUUGUGAAAGUUUUAGUAGGCAAUAAAGCUGACCUGCAGCCUCAUGCAGUUACAACUGAAGAAGCCAAAUUAAAAGCAGACCAAUUAAAUCUUGAAUAUAUAGAAGCAAGCGCAAAGAGCGCAUUUCAGGUCGAUUUGAUUUUUGACUCAGUUGCAAGAAAAAUCAUACAAAAAACUCAUGAAGCAGGAAUUGUGCCUUUGCCAGAGCCAAAAAACAAAUUAAGCUCAAGUGCCUCAAAACAAACUCAAGGUUGUUGUUGGUAA